AUGUUCGAUAACCAGAGACAAGUCAACCUCCCUCACGCUCUAGAAGAGUGGGAAAAUCUGAGGUUCCAAGAUUUUCAAAUGGUUGAGGAUUACAAUUCCGCUGUACUGAGGAUAGUUUCACUCCUGAAGUAUUGUGGUAAUCAUGUCUCUGAGGCAGAAAUGAUGAAUAAAACAUACAACACUUUUCACAAACAGCUCCACUUCUUGCCCGAAAUUUACAGAAAAUGCGGGUACACGAGAUUUUCUGAAUUGAUGGUUGCGCUCAUGUUGGCUGAAAAGAACAAUGAGCUCUUGAUCAAAAACUACAAUUCCCGACUUACGGGAGCCAAAGCAUUUCCCGAAGUGAAUGCUACGGCGGUAGAAAAUUCGGAAAGGAGGAACCAGACCAGCCGAGGUUAUGGUCGCCGUUUCAAUAAUAAACGUGGAAAAACUUACAAUCCCAAAUGGAAGGGAUCUAACAAGUGGGUUAGAUCCGAACAAGUUUCUAAGGGUAAAGAAACUCAAGAGGAUACCACCCAGAAGCGUGGGAUAGUGUGUUACAGAUGUGGAUGUAAAGGACAUUGGUCCCGUACCUGUCGUACUCCUCCACAUCUUUGUAAGUUAUAUCAAGAGUCCACGAAAGGCAAAGCUAAAGAAGUGAACAUCACUGAAAACUUUGAAGGGACAUCGUACCUCGAUGCCUCCGACUUCGCUAAUGAACUGAACUAG